AAUCAGUGAUGAGAGGUGUUCCAUUCAUUAAUCUCAGAUGAAUUGUUUCCCUGUCUGCUCAUACAUUGAGAGACAGUGGAUCAAGGAGUCUUUCGGAUCAAAGAGUCGUCACCCCUGAAAAGGAGGUUAAAUACUCACUGGGGACUGUCUUUUCAAUUGUGUCUACGUUCCUCCGAGGGGACCAGCUCAGUCUACCCCACUGAGAGCUCGACCAGACCACUCUGGUACUAAGCUGAGGACUUUAAGAGGGAUACCACGUCUCAUACUCUGAGGAAUUUCAGAGGAUCUUUUACUCCCUUGAGAGCAGGGAGUAAUUUUUUUUUAUAGAGAAUGGGAGAUUAUGAUGAAGACACAGCAUUCCUCGGACAGACUGGUCCUUAUUUCUGGGCCAAAUUCUUCUUCCUGAACACAGUUUUCGUCUCAACUGGAUUCAAUGGACUCUACAUGGUGUUCAUUGGGGCGGCUCCGAAGCACCAUUGUCUCAUUCCAGACGUUAAUUUAACUGAGGAGUGGAGAAACGCCAUCAUUCCUGUCACGUUGGUGAAUGGUGAGGAGGUGCAGAGCCAGUGCAGCAGAUACAGGCUGGAUGUGGUAGGAAAUCUCUCUGCUGAGGGAUACGUUCCUGGAAGGGAUGUCAACCUCACAAGCCUGCAGCAGGAGGGAUGUCUGAAUGGAUGGAACUACAGCAAAGAGAUCUACCAGUCCAACAUAGUCACUGAGUGGGACCUUGUGUGUGACAACCAGUGGAAAGUUCCCUUUGCAUCCUCAACUCUCUUUGUCGGAUACCUCUUCGGGUCCCUAAUCUCAGGCCAGCUUUCUGACAGAUUUGGAAGGAAGAAGGUUAUUUUCAUCUCUAUUGCGGCCCAGUGUGUCUCGGUCCUGCUCCAGUCCUUCUCUCAGUCAUGGAGGACAUUUUGCAUCAUGUUCCUCUUUGUUGGAGCCUCUCAGAUUUCCCUCUAUAUCUCUGCAUUUGUACUAGGAACGGAGGUGUUGAGUAAAACCAUGCGAGUGAUCUUCACAAGUCUUGGGGCUUUUCUUUUCUAUUGCAUUGGAUACAUGACGCUACCCUGGAUUGCAUAUGGCAUCAGAGAAUGGAGGACUCUUCUUGCUGUUCUGUCCAUGACUGCUGUGGUCUACAUCCCAUUGUGGUGGUUCAUCCCAGAGUCUCCUCGCUGGCUGAUCACUCAGGGACGAGUGGAAGAAGCUGAGGCCAUAGUGAGAGAAGCUGCAAGGAAAAAUAAAGUGGAGGCGCCGGCAGUCAUUUUUAAAGAGUCCGAGACAACGCCUCUAUUAAGGACGUACACCAUGCUUGAUAUUCUGAAAUCCAAGAACAUCAGAUGCAUCACACUGAUGUGUCUUAUUCUGUGGAUGGCAAUAAACAUUGGCUAUUUUGGAUUAUCCCUGAACACUUCCAACCUCAGUGGCAACCCAUUCAUGAACUGUUUUUUAUCAGCUACUACGGAAGUCCCUGCCUAUGUUGUUUCUACUUGGCUGCUGAGGAAAUGUCCAAGAAGAGCACUGCUGUCAUCGUUCCUCUUCAUCGGAGGAGGAGUUCUUCUUCUCAUCCAGUUCAUCCCUGAUACACUCCAGCACGUUGCUCUGGCCUUGGAAAUGACUGGGAAGUUCGGCUUCACCAUGGCCUUCAGCAUCGUCUACAUCUACACUGCAGAGAUUUACCCGACUGUUCUCAGAAACGUCGGCAUGGGAAUGUGCUCCUCUGCUGCUCGCAUUGGCAGCAUCACAGCUCCUUAUGUCAUCUAUUUAGGUACUUAUAAUAAGAUCCUGCCUUAUCUUCUCAUGGGAAGUCUCACAAUUGCCUCCUCUGUGGUGAACUUCUUCCUCCCGGAGACCUUCAAUAGAGAUCUUCCAGAAACAGUGGAGCAAAUGCAAGAAUGCCAGGGGUUGUGCAACGGACCCAAAAAGAAGAAAUAUGUAGAAAAUGGAGUAAGUGGCAACCCAUCCACACAACUUGAGACCAAAUCUAAUUUGCAAGCUCUCACUCCAUAGAUUUUUUUUUUUUUUAUCAAUGCUCUCGCUUCACUUUUAAAUGGAAAUAAGUGAAACAAAAACAUUUCUGUUGCUUGAAGCUCAUGAUCUGAAAUGUGAACAUAAAUUCCAAAACAUGCACAGUGGGAUCCACAUGACCACUGCCCCAAAAUGUCUUUUGUUUAGAAAAAAAGAAAAAAGAAAAAAAAGAAAAAAAGAAUUUUGUACUCAUAUGAUAAUGGAUAAUUUUUUGAUCUUCAAAUUUUUGUAUGAAACUGAAACACAAUUUUCUAAUUUCUGUCUUACAAUAUGUGUAAUUAAAAUAUGAACAUUUGAACUCUUCUCA